AUGAGACCAGAGGAGCUCCUAAACACCCUGGAAGAUUUAACAGACGAUGAGUUUGAAGGCUUUAAGUGGCGCCUGCAGCAGGGCGAAGUCCUUGCAAGUCGACCAACCAUCAAAAAGAGCCGACUGCAGACGGCAAAAAGACGGGACACCGUGGACCUGAUGGUGCACACCUACACUCUUCCUGGAGCUGUGGAGGUGACCAGGAAGGUUUUAGAAAGAAUCUGCAGGAAUGAUCUGCUGCAGAGUUUGUCUGCCAACUCAGAGCAACAAGCUGCCGUACCAGGAGAGGUUCCCUGUGACGUCUGCACUGGAAGCAAACUGAAGGCCCUGAAGUCCUGCAUGGUGUGUCUGACCUCCUAUUGUGAGGCGCACCUGGAGCCUCAUCUGACAGCUUCACGUCUGAGAAGACAUCAGCUGGUAGAGCCUGUGGAGAACCUGGAAGGCAGGAUGGGUAUGAAGCACGAUAAACCUCUGGAGCUGUUUUGUAAGACUGACCAGACAUGUGUCUGCACGCUCUGCUCUGUUUUCAAACACAAGACUCAUGAGUUUGUUCCUCUGAGAGAAGAAUAUGAGGGAAAGAAGGCAGAGCUGUGGAAGACAGAGGCUGAAAUUCAGCUAAUGAUCCAGAAGAGACAACUGAAAAUUCAGGAGAUCAAAAAGUCAGUAAAGAUGAGUAAAGAUUCUGCAGACAGAGAGAAAGCAGAAGGUUUGCAGGUGUUCACUGCUCUGCAGGAGUCUGCUGAGAGAGGAAUGAAGCUCAUGAAGGAGAUCGAAGGCAAACAGAAUACAACAGAGAAACAGGCUGAAGGUUUCAUCAAGGAUCUGGAACAAGAAAUCUCUGAGCUGAAGAAGACAAGCUCUCAGUUGGAGCAGCUCUCACACUCUGAAGACCACCUACACCUCCUCCAAAGCUUCUCAUCCCUGAAAACUGUUCUACCCGCAAAGGACUGGACAGAGAUCAGAGUUCAUCCACCUUCAUAUGAGGGAACUGUGGUUAGAGCUGUGGCUCAGCUGGAGGAGAAACUCAGGAAAUGCAUGAAGAAGAAGCUGCUUGAGGCUGAGCUGGAGAGGGUCCAGCAGUAUGCAGUGGAUGUGACUCUUGAUCCUGAUACAGCAAAUUCUAGACUCAUCCUAUCUGAUGAUGGAAAACAGGUGCAUUGUGGUGAUGUGAGGAAGAAUCUUCAGGACAUCCCACAGAGAUUUUCACCAUGUCCUAAUGUUUUAGGAAAGCAGAGUUUAUCUUCAGGCAGAUUUGAUUUCGAGGUUCAGGUUAAAGGAAAGACUGCAUGGGAUUUAGGAGUGGCCAGCGAGUUGGUCAACAGGAAGGGAAAAAUCACACUGACUCCUCAGGAUGGUUUCUGGAGUAAAGGCUUGAGAAAUGGAAAUGAGUACAGAGCUUUUGCUAGCCCUUCAGUCCGUCUCUGUCUUCAGUCUGGUCCUGAGAAGGUGGGGGUGUUUGUGGAUUAUGAGGAGGGUCUGGUCUCUUUUUAUGAUGUGGAUACUGCAGCUCUUAUCUACUCCUUUACUAGCUGCUCCUUCAUCCAGAAACUCCACCCAUACUUCAGUCCCUGUCUAAAUGAUGGUGGUGAAAACUCUGCUCCUCUAAUCAACUGUCCUGUCAAUCAAAUCGAGUCAAUCAACAGAUUUUAUUUGAUGAACUGAUUUAUUUUUAUUGAAGUGAACCAAUGAACAUGUUUAGUGUAA